AUGACCAUCAUCUCUGCAGAGACUAGGGCUGUUCCCCGCAGGUCUUCAUCCAUCUCUGGUACCCUCAUCCACGACAUCCGCGACGGUGUCGUCAAGCUCACUGCCAACCCGGACGACGCUAUCGUCAACCACCCCGUGCAGACGCGUUCGUCGACGCGAACUCUGCCACGGCGGCAGCACGCUACCUCUCUCGUCGAAGAGUUCAUCCAGUCCUUCAUGGAGCUCGAGAGCUAUAGGAAUGGCAAGCCCGUACAGGUUGACGGACAGAACCUUUCGAUUGCGGCCGUCACAGCGGCGUCAAGAUACGGUGCCUCUGUCGUUCUCGACGACUCCCCGGCUCUCAAGAACAAGAUCGCGAAGAGCAGAAGGACCAUUGCAGACAAGAUCGACGCUGGCUUGAGCGUAUACGGCGUGUCGACUGGAUUCGGAGGCAGCGCAGAUACCCGCACCGACCAGCCGAUCCUCCUCGGCAAUGCUCUCCUCCAGCAUCAGCACAGUGGUGUACUUCCUUCUUCGGCCAAGCCCCUCGAUGUCCUCCCCCUGCUAGACCCACUCAAUUCGACGAGCAUGCCUGAAGCAUGGGUCCGAGGAGCUAUCCUUGUUCGGAUGAACUCUCUCAUUCGCGGCCACUCUGGUGUUCGGUGGGAGCUUAUCGAGAAGAUGAAUGGGCUACUUGCUGCCAAUAUCACUCCUCUAGUACCUCUACGCGGAACCAUUUCUGCUUCUGGAGACCUCGCGCCCUUGUCAUACAUCGCCGGUACUCUCAUUGGCAAUCCUUCCAUAAGGGUAUUCGACGGCCCUAAGGCCUUUGGUGGACGCGAAAUUGUUUCCUCGCGCAAGGCUCUCGAGGCGCAUGGCAUCGAGCCUAUCCCUCUUGCCUCCAAGGAACAUCUUGGAAUUCUCAACGGCACGGCCUUCUCUGCAGCCGUCGGUUCCCUCGCCGUGAACGACGCCGUUCAUCUUACACUACUCUCCCAAGUCCUCUCGGCUAUGGGCUGUGAGGCGCUCGCUGGAACCCGCAGCUCCUUCGACCCCUUCAUCAACUCCGUUGCUCGUCCCCACCCCGGCCAGAUCGAGACCGCCAGGAAUAUCUGGAAUCUCCUGGAAGGCAGCACCUUCGCUGUUACCAACGAGGUUGAGCUGACGAUUGAUGAGGACGAGGGUGUCCUGCGCCAAGACAGGUAUCCUCUCCGAACUGCCCCUCAAUUCAUCGGUCCUCAAGUCGAAGACCUCCUUCAAUCACUCAAAACAUUGACCAUCGAGUGUAACUCAACGACCGACAACCCUCUUGUCGACGGUGAAACGGGAACUAUCCACCAUGGUGGCAACUUCCAGGCCAUGGCCGUGACAAACGCCAUGGAAAAGACGCGUCUCAGCUUGCACCACCUUGGUCGCAUUCUCUUCGGGCAGUGCGCAGAGCUCAUCAACCCCGCGAUGAACCGCGGUCUGCCGCCCUCUCUCGCAGCCACCGACCCCUCGCUUGACUACCACGCAAAGGGCAUCGACAUUGCCUCUGCUGCAUACGUCGCCGAGCUCGGGUAUCUCGCCAACCCGGUGUCGACGCAUAUCCAGUCUGCCGAGAUGCACAAUCAGGCCGUCAACUCACUGGCGCUGAUUUCUGCCCGUGCUACGCUCAACUCGUUGGAGGUGCUUUCAAUCUUGAUGUCGUCGUACCUGUAUGCUAUCUGCCAGGCGCUCGACCUCCGGUCAUUACAACACGAGUUCCAUGAGGGUCUUACUAAGAUCAUUUCGGAGGAAUUCUCGUCUGCGUUCGGCUCUGUCAUCUCGAAGGCGGACUCGAAGACCAUCGAGGAACACGUUGCGACCGCCAUGCACGAAACUUUCGACGCAACAUCCACCAUGGACGCCGCCGACCGCAUGCAGAGAGUCGCCGCCGCCUCGAGCACCAUCCUCGUCGACUUCUUCACCGGAGCAUCCUUCGCCGACGCGUCUGCCGUCGCCACCGGCCUCAUCGCCAUCCCCACCUUCCGCGCACGCGUCGCCGAGCGCCUGACGUCCCUGCUCCACGAGCUCAGAGGUGCCUACCUCUCUGGUGCCCGCGGGCCUGCUCCCGCAAGCCGUCAUCUCAACAAGACCCGCCCGGUGUACGAGUUCGUGCGCCUGACGCUCGGCAUCAGGAUGCAUGGGUCGGAGAACUACCACCGCUUCGUGAAUGGCCUUGGCGUGGAGGACGUUACUGUCGGGCAGAACAUCUCGCUUAUUCAUGAGGCUAUUCGCGAUGGGAAGAUGCAGCCUGUCAUUGUGAACCUGUUCUCUUCACUAUGA